AUGCAUACCAGCUACAUUGUCGCGGCCCUUGCUCUCGCUCUUCCCGUGUACUCGACCCCUUCGGGAAAUGUGGGCUGCUACUCCGACGCUGGUUCUCUGAAGAACAAGGGACCCUAUAGCUACCAAUCCCCCGGAUAUUGCGAAGAGGUCUGUUUACGUGACGGUCACAAGGUCGCCGCCCUUACUCGUGGCAACAUGUGCUACUGCGGCGACACCCUUCCUUCGCAGUCCGCCAAGGUCGAUGACGACGAAUGCGAUCAGGCGUGCAUUGGAUGGCCCUCCGAUAGCUGCGGCGGCAAAGAUACCUUCACUGUCUACUGGAUUACCGAAGACGACGCGGAAAACUAUGCUCCAGAGAACAGCUCGACUACCGCUGCACCCACCGCUGCCACAGCUGCCACCGCCGCCGGUGGAAUCAUCGUCGCGCCAACCGCAAACUCCGCCCCAAGUGGCAUCGUGACUGCGCCCUCAUCUACGAACUCCAAGGGCGCCAGCGCAAUCGCAUCCAAGUCCGCCAAUGCCGCCUCUACCGCGGCCACAUCAGCCACCGCUUCAGCCUCGCCCACCAACAACGCCGCCGGCACCAUCCAAGUCGGAUCCUCGCUGAUUGGCGCCGUUGUUGCCGGCAUGGGUUUGCUUCUCUGA